AGCAAGGGGAAGAGGACCCCAAGUAGAGAGGCUUAGAGCCUUAGACCAUUCUAAUUCUUCAAUGGAAAUCCCUAUUUGUCCCCAGGGCCGACUCUGCCAGCCUGUGGCUGUGUUUGUGUUACCCUUUACUUCAGCCAAAAAUAUAUAUUUCUAGAGCAACUCUUGUACCCUAAGAUACCCCACACUGACCAUUUUCUUUCACCUUCCAAGUUUUUUCUCCCUCUACUUACUUGCCCCUCAAAAAAUCUCUCCCUUUUAUUGAAAAAACGUGGCAAAACCUUUUAACUGAGAUUUGUCGUACUUAUAGAUGGGUUUGGAAAAUGUUUUUUUUUUUUUUUUCCUUUGAUCUCAAUUUUAAAGAAAACUUUUUUAAAUACAGAUAGAUAUGAUAAAUGAGAAUUCAUGCAUAUGCAUGAAGGCAAAAUGAGCAUGAUGAUGGGAAAAAAAGGGUGAUCACUUUGGAAAUAAAAGCCUCACGUUUACCUUGCAUUUUCAUUCUUCAUAUCCUCCCUCCUCUCAUCUCUCCUAAUAAAACCCCACUUUCCUCCUUCACUUCCUCCUCAUUCUCAUUCUUCCUCGUUUUCCUUCUCUCAUCCUCCAACUUCUUCCUACUUCAUGCAUACACCCAUUCUCUCUCUACAUCUCUCUCUCUCUGUUUGUGUCUUUUGUGCUACACAGUAGUGAUCUACUGAGAAGUUCAGACGCGGCUUUCCACUUAUAGUAAGAAAUCUUUCCGUUCUGAGAAUUAUAAUCACAAGAUUGCUUUCCACCCAAGUCAUUUAGCAGCAAUGGCUGAUCCGCCAUACUCGGAGAUCGAGUCAAGCGCCAACUCGUCGUCCCCCUCUCCAUCUUCACCAUUCUCAUCUGGCUUGUCCCGGUCUUUACCUGGAUCGGCUCCGAACCCGAGUUCCAAGGAGUCCGUUUCGCCCGACCCGGACCCAAAACAGCCGAAGCGAGCCCGUGACAGCAGCGAGCACCCGGUUUAUAGAGGGGUACGAAUGAGGAGCUGGGGCAAAUGGGUAUCCGAAAUCCGCGAGCCCCGGAAGAAGAACCGGAUCUGGCUCGGUACCUUCUCGACCCCGGAAAUGGCUGCCCGGGCCCACGACGUGGCCGCGCUGAGCAUCAAGGGCAACUCGGCCAUCCUCAACUUCCCCGAACUCUCCGGGUCGCUUCCACGGCCCUCUUCGAACUCGCCCCGGGAUGUCCAAGCAGCUGCUGCCAAAGCAGCUUCCAUGGAGUUUGAGGUACCCAAAACACCCUCGCCGUCGUCCUCGCCAUAUUCCUCAGCGACUACAGUGUCUUCUUCUUGCGACGUGUCAACCCCAGAAGAGCUGAGCGAGAUCGUGGAGCUGCCGACUCUGGGGACGAGUUUCGAGUCGGUCGAGUUGAGUAACGAUUUCGUGUAUGUAGACUCGGUGGACGGAUGGCUGUAUCCUCCGCCGUGGUGUCACAGCAGCAUUGAUGAUAUCGGGUAUUUUAGGGAUCACAUCUCAAUGACAGAGGCAGAGGGUGUGAUCCAAAGUAGCUUCGAACCUAUAUUGUGGCAAUAUUAAAUGAACCAAACCAACCAUAUUCUGUGGGCAAUGCAAUUUUUACCCUUUGUCUUUUCUCUUCUUUUCUGUCAAAGUUUUUCUUUUUCUUUUUUUAUCCUUCUCUUUUUGCCUUUGUUUGUCAGUUCUACAUAUAUAUGUGUAACCCCCUUCAUCAAUUUUGCUUUUGAAGGGCUAGAAUCUAAUACGUUUCUUGCUGCUCAAGUUCUUACCAA